AGGAGACCCCGAGAAGUAAGAUUCGAUAUUCGACUGCUAAUAAAAAGGGUAGGUAGCGAGCGAUACAGAGAGAUAGAUAGGGUGGCGACGAUGGAUUCUCCGAAGAAUCAGUCUGAUACCGAGCUCGAGACCAAUCCAAACCCUAACUCUAAUAACUCACCAGACGCGUUGGUACCCGCUCCUAAUGGUCCCGCUGUCUGCCUCCUUAGGUUCGCCGGCGAUUCCAUCGGCGGAGCGUUCAUGGGCUCCAUCUUCGGAUAUGGUGCGGGAUUGGUCAAGAAGAAAGGCUUUAAAGGAUCCUUUGCAGAGGCAGGAUCUUCCGCCAAAACGUUUGCAGUUUUGUCUGGAGUACAUAGUUUGGUUGUCUGCAUUUUGAAGAGGCUGCGUGGAAAAGAUGAUGUUAUUAAUGCUGGAGUAGCAGGAUGUUGCACUGGUCUUGCUUUAAGUUUUCCAGGUGCUCCCCAAGCUCUUCUUCAAAGCUGCGUCACUUUUGGGGCAUUCUCAUUUAUCCUUGAAGGGCUUAACAAGCAGCAGCCAGCACUUGCACAUCCAUUUUCGUUAAAAGAGAAAAGUGAGCACUAUGGCGCAUGUCCACCUUUGGUUCUUCCCCUUCAACUUCAGCUCCCUCUUCCAGACGAACUGAAAGGGGCCUUCUCCGCAUUUUGCAAGUCCUUGAAGAACCGCAAUAGGAGCGCUUUUCCCACAGCUCCCUAAGAAAUUUUGGAAUGGUUUUUGUUCCUUUGAUCUUUUGCUGAUCUCUAGCCGUCCAGUUCUUGCCUUUUGUUGGAAAGACAUGGUAAUGAUGUACACUGUAGAUUUUUAGUUGUUGCCGUAAAUUGAAUUAUAAACUGUUGGUUGGCUCA